AUGAUGCUGCGUGCAGUACAUGAGACUGACUUUUUAUUUUUAUUUUUUGGUUUAUUUAUUUAUUUAUGCUGGCGCUGCGCCCUUAAUUUUUUUUUUCCUUCUCGUUUUCUCCGUCCCUCGUUCAUUCUGCGUUGGCGUUGGUGGCCGUGGACGACCCUGGGCGAAGCCAUGGGCGAAGACCACAUCUUCAGGUCAGGUGUGUCGCACAAUUACUACGACGAGGCGCUGCAGGCGCAGCGGAAGCCAAUUGCUUGUCCGCAGUGUAAGCGACUCGGGCGCCUCGCCGGGUCAUUGCACGAGAUCUUUCGCCGCAUCCCGCGGAGCCAGUGGGAGGGCCUUGUGCUGUGUCACAAGUGUGGUGAAAAUGUCCUGCGCCACGAGGACAUGGCGACGCAUCAACGCGUGUGGUAUUGCGCGUACUGUGAGAUCUGUCUCUGCACCCGGUGUCAGCGGUAG